AGAGGGACUUAAUUGUGACAAGACAAUGAGUGCGAAAGGCGGCCAGUACAAAUGUGCGAUCCGAAAAGUCUUAGUCUUGUGGAGUCUGUGCCAGUGGCGAGAAGUGCGGGUGAAAUGGUCCAGGAAAUUCUCGAGGAUUCAGUGGCAGAUGGCGGCGCGCCGCGUGCGCCGGAAGCCGUGCCGGAUGAGGAGCAGCAGAUGCUGCCGAUGGCGGAGGAGAAGCCGAAGAUCGAACAGAUGGAACUGGAGAUCGGUGAUCAUGAGAUCCCUGUGACGGACGAAACGAGAUGCGGUUAUGGCUUCUGCUCAGGAUCGAUUCUUCAGAAGUUCGCAAAUAAGAAGAUUUAUGUUCUGCUAUUUGGCGUGUCAGGAGCUUUCUUCAACAGCAGUUUCGCGUACUUCAACGGCACGAUUUCGACGAUUGAGAAGCGCUUCAAAAUCCCCAGUCGCAAUUCCGGAUUCAUUUCCGUUGGCAAUGACAUCAGUCUCAUGCUGGUCUCCAUCUGGAUCACCUACUAUGCCGGGAAGGGUCACAAGCCACGCUGGAUGGCGGCGGGUUUGUUCAUGCUGUCGGCCUUCUGUCUUCUCACUGCUCUGCCACACUUUAUCUACGGCGGCGGAAGUGUUGAAUCCUUCUCCGUUGAGCACGGUUUCAAUCCAAAUCCCGAGGAACUGCAGAUCAUGCUGGAGCUGGAGAAGAGGAAAACCCUGUGCAACGCUAAUCUCCGCGAUGCAGUCAAGUGCGAGGUGGACGAGGGCAAUUGGGGUCCUCAGAUCAUCUUCUUCUGCGCUCAAUUGAUAGCUGGAGUCGGAGCGGCGUUGUAUUCUUCCCUUGGAACUGCUUACAUGGACGACAACGUGAAGAAGUCCAAAACUCCCGCUCUGAUGAGUGCGUCUCUAGACAAUUAG